AUGUUAUAUUUAGAUGAAUGUAGUCGUGAUCGAUGUCAAUGUUGUAUCAAUCGAAUUGAUCAAAAGAAAGAAUGUGCAAAAAAUAUAGCUGAUAAAAUGAUUUCAUGUUUUAUUCAUUCAUGUGAUUAUUGUCCAGCUAAAGAUCAAUGUAAAAAAUAUUGGCAAGAUACUCAAACACGAAUUGAUUCAUGUAUUGAUGAUAUUGAUUCAAAACAAGUUUGUACUCGUCUUGGUUUUUGUAAUGCUUCAUCAUUAUGUAAGAAUAUGGGUAUAUUUCAACAAUCAUGUGAAGAAGCAAUUAAUGCUUUUACUCAAUCACUUAAACAUGAUCCACAAACAUUAGAAAAUCAUUUACCACAUACAUCAGUUGUAGUUUUACCAACAAAAUCUGAAGAAAAUAAUGAAAUAAAUAUUUUAAAUGAUUCAAAUUCUACUUGUAUUCUUUGUGAAUAUGUAAUGAAUAUUCUUUCAAAUUAUAUUCAUCAACAAUCAACAGAAAAAGAUAUUGAAGAAAGUUUAAAAAAAGUUUGUAAUCAAAUGCCAUCAACUAUUCAAAAACAAUGUCAUGAAUUAAUUGAUAAUUAUGGUCCACCAAUAAUUGCAUUACUUAUAGAAGAAUUUGAUGUAUCAAUAAUUUGUCGAAAACUUAAUUUAUGUACAAAACAAAUGAAAGUUAAUUUAUCUCAUUUAACAAAAGCAAAUUCAGCAACAUGUGGUAUAUGUGAUUAUGUUUCAACUUAUAUUCAUUUUGCACUUAAACGUGAUUCAAGUGAAAAAUCUCUUCAACAUGCAUUAUCAACUGUUUGCACACAUUUAUCAAAUGAACAUUAUUCACAAUGUCAAACAUUAGUUCAAUUAUUUUCACCACAUAUGAGAACAUU